AUGGACGUGUUUGAAAUAUUAUCAUCUCUUUUAAUGCUCAUAUGUAGCAUAUUCGGUACUAUCUGUGCACUUGUAUUUAUUAUAAUAAUAAUUAUCCAUCAUCAAUGUCAUACAAUAAAUAAUCUCCUUGCAUUUAAUUGUGCUGUAGCUGGUUGUAUUACCAGUAUAACAUAUAUAUGCCAAUCUAUCUAUCAAUUGAUAGAUAUUGGUAAUGAUAUACUCUGUCCUUUACGUGGUUUUAUUUUACAUACUGGAACUGGUCUUUUAUAUCAUAGUUUAUGUGUCAUAGGAUGUUAUCGUCUCUUUGUGACAGUAUACUCAACUCGACGAUUUCUUCAAACAAACAAUUGUGCCAUUUCCAUGGUAGCUAUACAAUGGUUUAUAUCUUGUACUUUUGUCGUUCCUCUCUUUAUCACUGGCAAAAUACAAUAUCAAGUUAAUGGUCGUAUAUGUGGGGUACUAAUGGAAGAAGAAUGGAGUUUUAUUUAUCUCAUAUCAAUUGCUUUUGUGUUUCCACUUAUAAUUAUAGUUAUUCUUUAUACAAAGAUUGUUAAAUAUAUGAAACAAAAUCCAUUUUCAAUAAAAAAUAGCACGAAUAUACCGUCACAACAUCGAAGACAAUCUGAACUUCGUCUUAUUCGUCGUAUUUGCAUGAUCAUUACGACUUUAUUUAUUCUUGAUUUUCCUAAACUAGUUAGUUUUAUUGCAACUGAAAUUCUUCUGUUACCAUCAUGGCCAUAUAUGAUACGAGUUGAUCGUAUGUUCAUUACUUUUGGUAUAAGUACAACUAUGCUUGUCAAUAUAAUAAUAACUGAUGAUGUUAGAAAAGUUUUAACAAGUACAAUUAUGAAAUAUAUUGUUCCAAAAAAACGAGUGCAAGAUAUCAAUGUAAUCAAAAUGCCUAUAGUCUAA